AUGGCCCCAGUCGACAUUAUGGAUCGUUUCAAGAUGUUAUAUUCGAAACAAACUUACAAUGAUCCGCCUAUGCUAUCAAUCAAUACUGCCGCCGUACUCUCUAUCCUCGUAACUCUGGGCUACGUGGUACCAUUCUACAUCUCCAAAACCACCCGCCCAUCUCCAUCUCUAAGUCGAGAUGCCCCAUCCGUCAUCCGGAGUCGGGUGAGGGCCGUAACAAUGGCCUGUGUCGCCAGCACCGUCUUUGUCCUGGUUCUCAUUGCCCUCAAAGGAAAUGACACUCCGCUUCCAGAGGCGUUGAGGCUUCUCGGCUGGUGGCCCAUUGGCAUUGUGGAGAUUAUCAAGAGUCUUCUCUUGACCGCGAUAUUGUUUGGCGGUCCUUUUUUUGAAAGAGGUGUUGUAGAGGACGGCUGGAAAUCCUGGAUCCGGGGACAGGGUUUGUCGGAAACACUUCGAAGCUGGAUUGGUUUUCGAAAUUAUGUUGCUGGCCCCAUCACGGAAGAAAUCAUCUUUCGAUCCGUCAUUAUCACGCUUCAUUUACUAGCCAAAAUGUCUCCAGGGCGCAUCGUAUUCGUAUCCCCCCUCUACUUCGGCAUCGCACAUAUCCAUCACUUUUACGAAUUCCGACUAACUCACCCCGACACACCAAUCCCAGCCAUUCUAUUUCGGUCAAUAUUCCAAUUCGCAUACACAACCGUCUUUGGCUGGUUCGCCGCUUUCUUGUACCUAAGAACCGGCUCCCUUCCGGCCGUAAUUCUUGUACACAGUUUCUGUAACUGGUGCGGACUGCCUCGACUGUGGGGACGCGUUGAGGCUGAUGUUUCCGUGGGACUGCCGCAGAUGCGAGCCAAGGAGGAUAGUGAAAUCAGUCCGCUGCAGGUUGCGGGUAGUCAGUUGGGGAUUAGCUGGACGGUUGCGUAUUAUGUGCUUCUGGUGGCGGGUGCGGUUGGGUUUUAUUAUGCAUUGUGGCCUUUGACGGAGUCGAAGUUGGCGUUGGCUGCGUUUUAG